GCUCCACACUCCGUUCGUGCACGCGCCGGUCGGUCGCUAGAGACAGUGUUGCUGAACCGAGAGAGAGAGAGAGAGAGAGAUAGAAACGGCUGAUGCGGUAAGAACCGAGAUAGAGAGAGACGGCUGAUGCGGAUAUAAAGCCACUGAUGCGAUUCUUCAUAAUGGCAUCUUGUGUCUUUCUGAUCAAAUCACAAGCUCCUGUUGGUCUUGUGAACAUCUACCUACAGGCAUCCUGCCUAACAUCCUUAUGAGAUUUACUAAGCAGCUGUAAUACACUAGUAUUCGCGCACACACACACACACACACACACACACACACACACACACACACACACACACACAAGCACAAGCACAAGCAUGGCACCAGUCCCACCUGGCAUCCGGUUCCUGGCGUCCUUCAACAGGGACCAGUGGUACAGGACCUUCACGUUUGCUCUCACGUUCCUGCUCUACACAAGCUUCCAUCUGUCCAGGAAGCCCAUUAGCAUCGUCAAGAGUGAGCUGCAUAAGAACUGCUCUCAUGUCAUGCGAGCGCCUACAGAGAGCAGCAGCAGUCAGCAGACUGUACUUCACCCUGAACUAGACUGCAGCUGGAAACCAUUCGACAGAAGUAACUAUAAGCAGUUGCUCGGAGCAAUGGAUUACUCUUUCCUGUGUGCUUAUGCCAUAGGCAUGUAUCUCAGUGGAAUAAUUGGAGAGCGUUUGCCCAUUCGCCUGUACCUGACUGUGGGCAUGCUGACCAGUGGUCUUUUCACCUGUCUCUUUGGACUGGGAUACGUCUAUAACAUCCAUAGCCUGGGCUUCUAUGUAUUUGUUCAGGUGGCCAAUGGUUUGGUUCAGACCACUGGUUGGCCUAGUGUUGUGACUUGCAUUGGUAACUGGUUUGGCAAGGGCAGGAGAGGCCUCAUCAUGGGUCUGUGGAACUCUCACACAUCAGUGGGCAACAUCCUGGGCUCUUUGAUCGCUGGAUAUUACGUCUCCUCUAACUGGGGUCUGUCCUUCAUCAUCCCUGGAGUUAUCAUUGCUGCUAUGGGAGUCAUCUGCUUCCUCUUUCUUAUAGAGCAUCCGAAUGAUCUGAAGAUUGCCAGUGCACAGAGCUCAGCUCCAAGCAGUCAGAAGGUUCAUAAAAACUGGAAUGGUGUGAAUGGACAUAAAGACCUUUACUUGCAGUACAAGCCAGGAGCUAAAGCCCAGAGCUGGGACACAGAGCUUCUGCUGGGACAGGAGAGCGUUGGAGUGUGUGUUCCUGUGCAGCAGCAGGUGGUGGUGGUGAAGAGCGAGGCUGAACCAUCGCCCAUCAGCUUCAUGGGAGCUUUACGCAUUCCUGGAGUGGUGGAGUUCUCUCUCUGUCUGCUGUUUGCCAAGUUGGUCAGUUAUACCUUCCUCUUCUGGCUGCCCCUCUACAUCACUAAAGCAGUUCACCUUGAUGCCAAGAAAGCUGGAGACCUUUCAACUCUGUUUGAUGUGGGAGGCAUUGUUGGAGGGAUCCUCGCUGGAGUGAUCUCUGAUAAGAUGGAAAAGAGGGCCACCACUUGUGCUGUGAUGCUUUUGCUGGCUGCGCCCACACUCUACGGCUUCUCUAUGAUGAGUCAGUUUGGCCUGGGUCCCACUAUCGGCAUGCUGUUGGUGUGUGGUGGAUUAGUCAAUGGACCGUAUGCUCUCAUCACAACAGCUGUCUCUGCUGACUUGGGCACACACAAGAGUCUGAAGGGCAAUGCCAGGGCUCUGUCUACAGUUACAGCUAUUAUAGAUGGCACUGGAUCUGUUGGUGCUGCAGUGGGACCUUUGUUGGCAGGGCUGCUGUCAGGACAAGGCUGGGACCAGGUCUUUUACAUGCUCAUGACCGCAGACUUUUUAGCACUGCUGCUUUUGCUGAGACUUGUGAUGAAGGAGCUUUGCUCUCAUAGGAAGCGGCCGGGAGUCACCGUCGAACUGAAGGAACAUUGAGCACUUUGCACUGGAUAUACAUGUUCAUAUCUGACAGCUUCCUACCCUGGACCAAAACAUGACUGAAACCUGUGCUUAGUCCUCGGUUUUAGAA